UUACACUUCACCAACUCAUAUUUACUAUCAUCAUAUGAUGAACAUCAAUUUGUUCAUUGGUGUUGUAAAGACAACAUGUAGACCUAUGUAAUUUAGCCAUAACCAGAAUAACCUGAAUUCUUAUGUAAUUUGGCCGUCAGCAGCAGCUCCACAGCUGUAACAAGGAGGAGGAACAAAAAUGGCGUCUGGCUAUGCGUGGUUCCUUGUGCUGGGCUCGGUUUUCCUGUGCAAUCUCAUGAAAACACUACUGCCCACAAUAUCCUCUUGCCUCUCAAAGAUGGUGCAGAAAGAUGCUGAGCAGGAGAGUGAGAUGAGGGCUGAAAUCCAGGAGAUGAAGAAGGAGCAGGCCUCGAUUAGCAUGAUGGAUGAGUUUGCUAGAUAUGCCAGAUUGGAGCGCAAAAUUAACAAAAUGACAGACAAGCUGAAAACACACGUAAAAUCAAGAACAGCGCAACAAGCCAAAAUGAAAUGGGUGGUAAACAUUGUCUUUUACAUACUGCAGGCUGCUCUGAUGAUCUCCUUGAUAUGGAAGUAUUACUCUGAUCCAGUGACAGUGGUCCCCAGUAAAUGGAUUGCCCCCAUAGAGCGCCUUGUGGCCUUCCCAACAGGAGUGGCAGGUGGAGUGGGAAUCACAUGCUGGCUGGUGGUUUGCAACAAAGUGGUUUCACUGGGUCUCCAUGCCGUCAGCUAGAAACAGCUGGUUUAAUACACUGGUUUUCUAACUUAUUGUUUAAUAUUUAGUUAAUAAAAGCCACAAAUUGGUUUCAUUUUUUUGUCCGCUGGUUCAGACCAACAUGUAGAAAUGCAUUGCAUUUUUUGUAAGCAUUUUUUGUUUCAUAUUGCAACAUAGUAUUAAGGUGAUGUCUAAUUGUGUUCUUUUUGUUUUAAGUUAAUUGUUAUGAUGUAUUGGCCUUAUUAUUUAAAAACAUAAUAGUUUGGUAAUGUUGAAAUGCCUUUUGAAAAAAAUAAAAAAAAUAAACUUCUAUUUAUUCUAAAGUUACAAGUUGGCAAGCAAGAACAAGUCAGGUAGAUUUUCUUGUUGUAAAGGAUUAAAACAAAUAAGAUAGUUUGCAAUGGACCUCUGUGUAUCUCUUGGUCAAACAAUCAUUUAUUCAGAGAAAUACUUCAGUAUGAGAAACUCUGCUUCCACUACAGA